AUGGACUUUCUAUGCUUAAAUCGCACAGGAAAGAGACCUUAUGCAUGUAAGGAAUGUGGGAAGACCUUUGCCCGGUCAACUCACCUCAGUCGACAUCGUCGAAUUCACACAGGAGAGAGACCGCAUGAGUGUCAGGAAUGUGGGAAAACAUUUCGCGAGUCAACGUUCCUCUCUCAACAUAUGAGAAUCCACACAGGAGAGAAACCUUAUGAAUGUCUGGAAUGUGGGAAAACAUUUUCACAAUCCUGCCAGCUCACGUCACAUAGAAGAAUUCACACAGGAGAGAAACCUUACGAAUGUAAGGAAUGUGGGAAAACCUUUGCCCGGUCAAGUCACCUCACUCGACAUCAUAGAAUUCACACGGGAGAGAGACCUUAUGAAUGUCAGGAAUGUGGGAAGAUCUUUGCCCAGUCGACACAGCUCACCCAACAUCUUAGAGUUCACACAGGGGAGAGAUCUUAUGAAUGUAAGGAGUGUGGGAAGACAUUUUCACGCUCAAAUAAUCUCACGUCACAUCGAAGAGUUCACACAGGAGAGAAACCUCAUGAAUGUCAGGAAUGUGGGAAAACCUUUGCCCGAUCCAGUGAACUCACUCGACAUCUUAAAAUUCACACGGGAGAGAAACCGCAUGAAUGUAAGGAGUGUGGGAAAACUUUUACCCAAUCCACUUACCUCACUGCACAUUUCAGAAUUCACACCGGAAAGAAACCUUACGUCUGUGAGACAUGUGGGAAAACUUUUCGUGAAUCCACUUCGCUCACCCAGCAUAUGAGAAUUCACACAGGAGAGAGACCUUAUAAAUGCGACGACUGUGGGAAGACAUUUGCGCAGUCAAGUCCCCUCACCGCGCAUAGAAGAAUUCACACAGGAGAGAAACCGUAUGAAUGUAAGGAAUGUGGGAAAACCUUUGCCCGAUCAGCUUCCCUCAUUCCACAUCUUAGAAUCCACACAGGAGAGAAACCUUAUGAAUGUCAGGAAUGUGGGAAAACAUUUUCGCAAUCAAGUCUCCUAACUACACACAGAAGAAUUCAUACAGGAGAGAAACCUUAUGUCUGUAAGGAGUGUGGGAAAGCCUUUCGCGAAUCAACUUCCCUCAAUCAGCAUAUUCGAGUUCACACAGGAGAAAAACCUUACGAAUGUAAAGAUUGUGGGAGAACCUUUUCACAGUUAAGUCAGCUCAGUAUACAUAAAAGAAUUCACACCGGAGAGAAACCUUAUGAAUGUAAGGAAUGUGGGAAAACCUUUGCCCGAUCAACUUCCCUCAUUCCACAUCUGAGGCUUCACAGAGGACAGAGACCUUAUGAAUGUAAGGAGUGUGGGACAGGAUUUUCACAACCAAAACAGCUCGCUUCCCAUAGAAGAAUUCAUACAGGAGAGAGGACUUAUGACUAUACAUAA